GAAGAUGCAGAGCAGAGCCCCAGCUGACCUGCAGUGGACACAUGAGGCUGGAUGUCGGGCAGCUGAAGGGUGAUGAGUCUUCUGCUGGAAUUAAAGCCUGCUGUGAUAUUAAUGAAGAACCACCAGUGGGUUUGCUGGAAGGGGGAAAUUUGGAGACAGACACAUGCAUGGGGAGAUGCCAUGUGAAGACUUGAGUUCUGCUGCCACAAGCCUAGGAACCAUUAGAAGCCAGGAAAGAGGCCUGGAACAGCUCCUUCCCCAGCACCUUCAGAGGAGCAAGGCUCUACCAACAACCUGAUUUUGAACUCCUCGCCUCCACAACUGCGAGACAAUAUAUUUCUGUUGUUUUAAGCCACCCAGCAUGUGGUACUUGGUUACAGCAGCCCUGGCAAACGAAUACAGGUUUGUGGGACUGUAUUUUUAGAGAUGGAAAGGAGAACCUCAAGCGGAAGGAAGAGCAUGAGCUUACUAGGGUGUUCUGUAAAAAUUACAGUGUUCCAUAAAAAAUCAGUAUGAGUUUGAAGUGCCACCAUCUCAACUUGUCUGAGAAGCACUGUUUGUCCUUGCACAAAAAGGGUCAGCUCAUGCACCGCUAUCAGGAGCUGGACGCGGACGGAGACGAGGACCAGGGCGAGGGCGAGGCGGUAUCCGAGGAGUCCUCAGAGUCCGAAAUGCUGAAUUUGGAGGAGGAGUUUGAUGGGGUCCUGAGAGAGGAGGCUGUGGCCGAAGCACUCCAUCACUUGGGGCGCUCAGGCUCUGGGACUGAGCAAGUCUACCUCAAUCUAACUUUAUCAGGUUGUAAUUUCACUGAUGUUAGCAUUCUCUGUGGAUAUGUUCACCUACAGAAGUUGGAUCUUUCAGCGAAUAAAAUUGAAGAUUUAUCUUGUGUGAGUUGUAUGCCUUAUCUCCUAGAACUUAAUGCUUCUCAAAAUAAUUUGACUACAUUCUUCAAUUUCAAGCCACCCAAAAACCUCAAGAAAGCGGAUUUUUCCCACAACCAAAUUUCUGAAAUUUGUGAUUUGUCGGCGUAUCAUGCUCUCACUACACUAAUUUUGGAUGGCAAUGAGAUAGAAGAAAUCAGUGGACUAGAGAUGUGCAACAAUCUAACUCACCUUAGUUUGGCCAACAACAAGAUCACGACAAUUAAUGGCUUAAACAAGUUACCAAUCAAAAUACUUUGUCUGAGCAAUAACCAGAUUGAGACGAUCACAGGUUUGGAGGAUCUGAAAGCCCUGCAGAACCUCGAUCUGUCCCACAAUCAGAUAAGCAGUCUCCAAGGCUUAGAGAAUCAUGACCUCCUGGAAGUGAUCAACCUGGAGGAUAAUAAGAUUGCUGAGCUGAGAGAAAUAGAAUACAUUAAAAAUUUACCCAUCCUUCGAGUUCUCAAUCUUCUAAAAAAUCCAAUUCAGGAAAAGUCUGAAUAUUGGUUCUUCGUAAUUUUUAUGCUUCUGCGGUUAACAAAAUUAGAUCAGAAGAAGAUUAAAGUGGAAGAAAAGGUUUCAGCAGUGAAUAAAUAUGAUCCUCCCCCUGAAGUGGUUGCAGCUCAAGACCACCUGACCCAUGUUGUCAACAGCAUGAUACAGCCGCAGAGGAUCUUUGACAGCACUCUUCCCAGCCUGGAUGCCCCUUAUCCUAUGCUGAUACUAGCUGGUCCUGCAGCUUGUGGGAAACGAGAACUUGCCCAUCGCCUCUGUAGACAGUUUAGCACUUACUUCAGAUACGGGGCCUGUCAUACCACAAGACCGCCUUACUUUGGAGAAGGGGAUCGAGUUGAUUAUCAUUUUAUCUCUCAAGAAGUUUUUGAUGAAAUGGUAAACAUGGGGAAAUUCAUUCUAACAUUUAGUUAUGGUAAUCACAAGUAUGGAUUAAAUAGGGACACCAUAGAAGGUAUUGCAAGAGAUGGUUUGGCAAGCUGUAUUCAUAUGGAAAUAGAAGGUGUAAGAAGUUUGAAAUAUUCCUAUUUUGAGCCUCGUUAUAUCCUGGUGGUGCCCAUGAACAAGGAAAAAUAUGAGGGAUAUUUGCGGAGAAAAGGAUUAUUCAGUCGUGCAGAAAUUGAAUUUGCUGUCUCCAGAGUGGACCUUUAUAUUAAAAUUAAUCAGAAUUUUCCGGGAUAUUUUGAUGCAGUAAUCAAUGCAGAUGAUCUGGAUGUUGCCUACCAAAAACUGAGUCAGCUCAUUAGAGAAUACCUUGGAUUGACUGAGGAACCUGCCAAGAGUUUGGCUACAACUGCAGCAGGAGCUCCCUCUAGCAAGAAGACUGUCUCUGGGGUACCAGCACACCUGGUUCCAUCUCCCAGGCGCUUGGCAAAACUGCAAGCAGAUGGCCAGAUGACAGAGCAGCUCUCUGGAAUGCAAAUUCAUGCCAAGGACCUAGAAAAUGAGAGCCUAACUUCUGCCCAGAACCAAGAGCUGGCUCAGGAUGGAGAAACCCAUCAAAAAGCACUUUCUCCUGACAGCCCUCUCAAUCCUGAGCUCCCUCAACACCUCAGUUCAUCGGCACCGGGUCUUCCUCAGCAGGCCCAGGACCUAUCCCUAAACCUGACGGAAGAGGAUGUCCAACAGUCAGAUCUUCCUCUAAAACAAAUAGCCACUGAGACAGAUGUCCCUGAGGUGGAAGCCAGUGAGGUGGGGCAGUCUCCCAUCACCCCUACCCUGGCACCUCCUGCGUACCCUUCCCCUCCCCCAUCCCACGGCCCUCAGCCAGGCCAGGACGAGGAGUCAGGGGAGGCCCAGGUAACCCCCACUGGCCCUCCUCUGUCUGAACCUCCACAGGGACCUGGCCCCACUCCCCUCAGCCCUCAGAGAAUUCAGGAUGAGGAAACUGAGUCAGACAAACUUCCACCCAGCAGUUCCCACCAUGAUCCUCCAAAAGAUUCUUCCCACCCUGACUUGGUGCAGAAACUUGCUGGAGAUUCUCAGCAAGCUCUGAAAGAGGAAACCUCCAAACCGGAAGCCAUCUGGGUCAGUAUCCCUCACCCAGAACUGCCACAUUCCCAGGACUUAGCAACAGAUACCAAGCAGCCCCAGGCCAGGGAAGCCCCAGGGACCUUGCUUCCUAGAAGCCGGCUGGCUCCUACUCGGCUGCCUCAGCCUCAGGUGCUGGCUCCCCUCCAGAGCAGGAGGCCCACACCCAAACUCCUAUCGCCCAGCAGGGAAGAGGCUUUAGGAACAACCUCCGAUCAAACCAUGACUCUCUCUCCCAGGCUUCCACCAACCCGGGAAGCAGACACCAGUAAACUUCCUCCCAUCAGCCCUCCGCACUCAAAACCACCACCAAAUCUGAACCCCCAGGCAGCCCACAGUCCUCAGCAAGUCCAGGAAGAGAAGGUCAGUGAGGUGAAACUCCCUCUUAUCAGUCCUCGCAGCCAAGAGCAAGCAGCACCUCGCAUCCUCAGUCCCGCCCAGGAGGAGGCAGCUCAGAAAGUGAGGCUCCCUCACAUUCCUGCUCCUCUCCUGGAGCCAGGGCUGCCCCAGAACUCGGGGACUCAGCCUGAUCCAAGGCCUGCAAAGGAAAGGAAAGCUCCCCAAGCAGGUGGCUCGUCCAGGAGGAAGAUUCCAGACAUGCAGGCCUCACCCCACAACCAGGGGCCACUUCAGCAGACAGGGGCUAGGAAAAAAAAACUUCCCCAUCCAGAAAGGGACAGCUGGAGGACUGGCACCUCUGGAAGAGGUACCGCCUGGGAGCCACCAGCCAGCCUCGCAGCUAGAACCCCAUGAUCAGCCAGCUCCCACCAUGGUGCCCGACCAUCCCAACCCCAGCCCUCCUCUUGUUUCUUGUCUAAGCUAGUAUUUCAGUGUGUAACUGUUACAAACUAGGGCCAUCCGAGCAACCAGAGAAGCCAAGUCCAUACACCAGAAAUUCCUGAGCCACCCCAUGCCGAGCCAUCACCUAAGACCCCCAACUACAAGAAGAUAAAAAAACAACUCCAGAAAAA